AUGUCACAGUCAGGUAAACCGAAUCCUGAAUCUGACACUCUCGCCGAUCGUCUCCGCGAUUCAUUGACCACCGAAGUCAAUAAACCGGAUUUCCGGGAGCUAGAUCUCGGUUCGCCGGUUUCCCCGCUUCGUUAUCAGCCACGUGGACUCACCACCACCACAACAACCACCACCACAAGUAGUAGCAGCUCUAGCUCCUCCGGAUCUGUAACCGGUCGAAUUAGACAUGCUCCGGUUAUCGGGAGAUCCGAUUCGGUUCGCGGUAGUCAAUCCGGGUCGAGUGGGAAUCUGAGAACAACGAGUCAAUCCAGAUCGGACUCGGGCACGACUUCUAAUUCACAACCACUCGUCUCCUCCGCCAGUCAAAGCUCCGCCACUUCUCCAGCCACGGCGGCGAAUGUACUUCCCACCGGAAACAUCUGCCCCUCCGGGAAGAUCCAAAUCACGGGAAUGACGCAAAGCCGCUCGAGAAGCGACGUUCUCGGAUCUGGAACGGGGACUUACGGACACGGAAGCAUAAUGCGAGGCGGAGGAAGCUCUAUAUCUCCGGCGAAACCGACCACCACCACCGGAUUAGGAUCUCCGAGACACGUAUCGAGUUCCUCGCCGGUAACUGUCGGUGGCGGAAGUAGUAGCCCCGUCGCGGCGGCGGAGAAUCUAUGGAGGAGAGCGGUUUUAGGUUCGGAUGCAGAGGAAGUAAAGAGAGUGGGAAACGAAAUGUACAGAAAGGGAUUGUUCAAUGAGGCUCUGAAGUGUUACGACAGAGCAAUCGCUUUAUCGCCGGCAAACGCCGCGUACCGCAGCAAUCGAGCCGCUGCAUUAACCGGUUUGGCUCGUAUCGGUGAAGCUGUGAAAGAAUGUGAAGACGCUGUGAGAUCGGAUCCUAACUAUGCAAGAGCUCAUCACCGUUUGGCCUUAUUGCUUAUUAGAUUAGGUGAGGUUAAUAGUGCAAGGAAGCAUCUUUGUUUUCUUGGAAAAGCAUCAGAUCAUAUGGAGUUGAAGAAGCUUGAAGCAGUGGAGAAACAUACGAGCAAAUGCGGAAAUGCUAGAAAAGUCGGUGAUUGGAAGGCGGUUUUGAUGGAAGUAGAUGCUGCUAUUGUCUCUGGAGCCGAUUUCUCUCCUCAUCUUGGUAUGUGUAAAGUGGAAGCACUGUUGAAACUUCACCGGCUUGAAGAUGCACAAUCGAAGCUGUUAGAAGUUCCGAAAGUAGAGCCGUUCCCGGUAUCUUGUUCGCAGGCUCGGUUUUGUGGUAUGGUUUUUGAAGCUUAUACAUAUUUUGUCAAAGCUCAAAUGGAUAUGGCGUUAGGAAGGUUUGAAAAUGCAGUUAUAUCUGCUGAGAAAGCUAGCCAAAUCGAUCCAAGAAGCAACGAAGUUGCUAUGUUACACAAUACUGUUACAGUUGUUGCUAGGGCUCGCGUCCGUGGUAACGAUCUUUAUAAAUCAGAGAGAUACACGGAGGCAAGCUCUGCUUAUUCAGAAGGGCUUAGGCUAGAUCCGUGCAACGCGAUUCUGUAUUGUAACAGAGCGGCUUGUUGGUUUAAACUUGGAAUGUGGGAACGUUCGAUUGAAGAUUGUAAUCAAGCGUUGCGUUUCCAACCAAGUUAUACAAAGCCACUUCUUCGGCGAGCUGCCUUAAACUGCAAGAUGGAAAGAUGGGGAGCUGCAGUGAGUGAUUAUGAAGCCUUGAGAAGGGAACUACCUAACGACAAGGAAGUUGCUGAGUCUUUGUUUCAUGCUCAAGUUGCGUUGAAGAAAUCUCGCGGAGAAGAAGUUUCGAAUAUGGAAUUUGGUGGUGAGGUUGAGGAAGUUUACAGUCGUGAACAGUUUAAAGCUGCCAUGAAUCUACCAGGAGUUUCGGUUAUCCAUUUCUCAACAGCCUCUGAUCAUCAAUGCAAGCAGAUAUCUCCAUUUGUGGACUCACUAUGUACUCGUUACCCAUCUAUACACUUCCUCAAGGUGGAUAUCGAUAAAUGUCCUUCGAUAGGUAAUGCAGAGAAUGUGAGAGUUGUGCCAACAGUUAAGAUAUACAAGAACGGUACUCGGGUUAAGGAGAUUGUAUGUCCAAGUAGAGAAGUAUUGGAGUACUCUGUGAGACACUAUAGCGGUUAA